AUGGAAACUGACAAGGUGGAGGGUAACGCGGAAGUAAGUGAUUCGGAAGCGGCGGCGUUAAAAAUCAAAGAAAAGAAACGGAAUUCGAUUGCAGACAUCGCGACUCUAGAUAUAAAGUCGCGUCUUAGUUUGAACAAAACAGAAGAGGCUUGCAACGAGCCUCACGUUAACGGGGUAGCUCAAGUGAACGGUGUCUGCGAUUCUCCGCAAAGAACUGCCGAUGUCGCCGAUCUUUCCCCGCAAUCCGAAACAAUGGAAGCUAGUCAUUUAAACCAACAUGAACAAGCAGAAACAUUAUCCAUGGAAAGUAAAGACAACGAUAUCCAAUAUGUUAGCUAUAUGAGCGAACUACAAAUGCCUGAUAUUAUGAAAUUAAUACAGAAGGACCUAAGUGAACCAUAUUCUAUUUACACAUAUAGAUAUUUUAUUCAUAACUGGCCGAAAUUGUGCUUCCUGGCGAUGCAUGGUGACGAGUGUGUCGGUGCCAUCGUCUGCAAACUGGACAUCCAUAGGAAGGUGAUAAAGCGCGGCUAUAUUGCGAUGCUAGCUGUCGAUGUGAAGUUUCGAAAACGGAAGAUCGGAUCGAAUCUCGUCAGGCGAGCCAUUCAGGCGAUGGUAAAGGAUGACGCGGACGAGGUAGUUUUGGAGACGGAAAUCACUAACAGGCCAGCGCUACGUUUAUACGAGAAUCUUGGAUUUGUGCGUGAUAAACGAUUAUUUCGAUAUUAUUUGAACGGCGUGGAUGCAUUGCGACUAAAAUUAUGGCUCAGGUGAAAUUCAUCCACAUGCUUGUGUCAAUAGGUAUUUAAAUAAUUACAAUGUUGAAGAGGUAUAACAUCUAUGCUCUAUUAUAUCAGGCAAAUGUGCGACAUUAAUGUCAAAGAGAUUAUAUUGUCUCUACACGCACAAAUAUAUUUUCAGUUGUGAUAUUGCGCUGUUUAUUGUUUCAAUAUUUUCAAAAAUUUCAUUUUUGUGAUUUUUUUAGUUAUUAAUUAUAAAAUUUAAAUGUUGCGUGUACAGAUAGUUUUGUGUUGAGAUAAAAGAUAAUUCCUAUUAUAUAUUUUGGACUAUGAAUUUAUUUUUCAUAAAAGAUAAAUCCACUCUAAUAAUCUUUAACAGCCUACCGACUAUAUGUCUAUGCGAAACAGAAUAUAUAAUUUGUUAAUAGUGCCUAACUGUUGUCCGAUUGUUAGUUACUUUGUUAUAAAUUUGCUGCAAUUUCUUUGAUAUUAAUGUCAGUGAUCGAGAUAAAUUUUAAUUGCAGCUUGAAGAUGUAAAAGCAAAGAGUGAUAGCAAGAAAGAAAGAGAAAGGAGUGAACUAAAAUGUACUGAAAAUAAUCAAUGUAUUUUGCUGCGACUCACAUUGAUCAAAUGUACAUCUUGGAGCAUGUUUUAUAAUUAAUUUGAAAGAAAUUUAUAUCGUUAUAAUUUAGUAGCAUGAAAAUUUUAUACAAGAUUAUAAAUAUAGAUAUGUUUUAUUAUUAGGUAAACAUAACAACAUGAUGAACAAGAUUAAAUUGAAAAAAAAAUUUAGCAUGAAUAUUGAUAAAAGUAAAGUUUUUUGUACCACUAAUUUUGCUAUUUUUUAAUCUAAUAUAAUCAAUGAUAGAAACAGAUUCCAAUAUUUACAAAUAUAAAUUGUACAAAGUGCAU